AUUGGUCGUGCGGGCAUCUCCAUGAUUCUUAUCCUGGCUCUGUGUUCCUUGAACGUUGUUGACUGGUUUCAGACAAGCGAGGCGGAGUUGAUUGGUAGUUAUAUGAAAGCCAUAUGAGGGUAGUUUUGAAAAUUUCCCAGUUAACCCUUAUAUUAAACGCAGACAAAAAAUGCAACAAGUUUCUCAAUCCCUUUUCCUCAGAAUCGUCAUCCCCUUUUCCUUCUUCUCACUUCUGUGUUCGUUGCUGCCUACUGUUCAAAGACUUCGGGCGUCCCUACUAUUUUGACAUAUCGAUUGAACCCUGCGAAUCUUGCGCUGUGCUUCCGUGAAGCCAUGUCGGAGGUUUGAUUUCGUUUUCUUCUUAAUGCUUAUUUUCGAGUUUUGAAUUAUAUGAUCAGUGAAGUUUCAAAUGAGCCACGGGGAGGGGACUCGUGAAGCCACCUCUCCCGAUCCGUUAGAUUCGUUCCCUCCCUUGCGGGUUCGGCAAUCGGACCAUGGUGAUGCUUCUCUUCCAUCACCACGGUAUUCGUCAUGCGGAGAGUCUGAGUUCGACCGCUACUGUAGCGCGAACUCUGUCAUGGGUACCCCGAGUAUGUGUAGUGCGAUCACAGUUUUCAACGAUUUUCCAGAAUAUGAUUUCGGGUCCGCGAAAAGUUUCGGUAUUGGGGGUGAUAAUGGCUUGGAGAAUUUCAGUUUAGGUGAACGAGUUGAGAUGAAUCACAGGGAUCGGAGGCUUUCAACUUCUAGUGUGUCUGACGGCACGAGAGAUUUCAGAACUGGGUUUGGCAGCGAGAACAGUAGAAACCAGCAGAAAUUAAAAUACGGCUUAAGUGGAUUGGAAUUUUACGGUGUUGAUAAUGAUGAACUUACUGUGACCAUGCUUGAUGCAUCGAGUUCAAUGGAGAUCAUCCAAUUAGAUAACAAUUCGGAGGGUGGUGAUGGCUUGGAGAAUUUCAAUUUACGCAAGGGAAUUGAGAUGAAUCGUAAAGUUGAGAGGCUUUCGACUCCCAAAGUGUUAGAUGGUAAGAGAGAUUUCAGAACUGGGUUUGGCAGUGAGAAUAUCAGAAGCCAACAGAAUUCAAACUAUGCUUCCAGUGGAUUGGAAUUCUAUGGUGAUGAUAAUGACGAACUGACUAUGACUAUGCUAGAUGCAUCAAGUUUAAUGAGGGUUAACCAAUCAGAUAAGAAUUUGGACCUGGAUUUUGUUCACAAAAAUGCUGUAGAAGUUUCUGAAGGGUUUAAAGGACGUAAUGAAUUUGGAGGUGCUGAGGAUUACUUGUCUAGUGAUGCAGAUGAUAAUGCAGGGUAUACUCAAAAUUCAUUAAGUAAUGUGGAUGACCAGGGUUCACGUUGUGAAAUAACAGUUGGAGAAGGUGGUUUAUCUUGUCUAGCUGAUAAAAGGUGUGAAUUAGACAGUUUUGAUGCUCAAUCUAAGUUACAAAAUGAUGAGGGGGAGAUAGAAAGGGAACAAGACAGGAACUCAUCCAUUUGUGAGCAUUCAGAGGGUGAGGACUCAAUGUACAACUAUGGUAGUGGUGGUGACAAUAAAAAUGAUUAUUGUUCAUCAAGAAGUAUUUAUCAUCAUCAGGAGUCAAAAGCACAACAUGAGAAUCCCCUCCUUAUAAACUCUUCUGUAGCUUUUGGUUCAAAAGACCUGGAUGACUUUUUGCUAGAAAAUGAGGGAAAUAGUCAAGUCCCCCGGUUUUUUAAUGUAUUUCAGAGUCAAAAAGAAAAGAAUCCUGAAAUUGACAAAAAUGCAAUAAAUUCUGUGAGCUCAACGGGUAUUUCAAUUGCUGGUCAAAAUGCAGAAGGGAAAUAUCAGAAUGACUCAGUCAUGUUUAGUGACACAGUUAAAGAAGUAAAAGAUCUUGGUGAACUCAAAGAACUAAAGGUUGCCAGAGACUUUCCUGCAGCCUGUUGUCCAGUUCAGGGAGUUGAUAAGGUUACUAACACAGUAGAAAGUUCUUCCGAUGCCUCAAGCAAGUCUCCAAAUAUAGUCAUAUUGCAUCCAGAAGAUGUGAGGGAGAUUGUUGUUGCCAAAAAUAGUUUUUCUGAAACUGGUUCAAGCACCAAGGCUUAUGAAGUUGAUUUGGAUAAGGCUUCUCAGCAUAUGGAUUUGAGUGCUACUGGUGGUGGAAAAAUUGUAAAGGAGAAUGAGUGCAUGGACACUGAAGAAUCUAUUGGCAUUAGUGAUGUUCAACAUGUAAAAAACCCAGAGUUGGAUGAGUCUAAGUUCAAGUUGGAUAAUGUUUCUGAAAGCAAAGUUGAUCAUAAACUUUCCAGUCUAGCCCAACAGCCUGGGAACAUAAAUGAAGAUUCCUCAAAGAAUCUAGAACGAGUUGGGAUUUCUACAGAUUAUGGAAUGAAGGAAUCAAUAGAGAGCUUCUCCACCUCAACAAAUCUCUCAGAGAGAAGUCCUCUGACAUCUCAGGCAAAGAAUUUUGAGCUAAAUGAAUUCUAUGAUGAGGUUGUCCAUGAAAUGGAAGAAAUUUUACUAGACUCUGUUGAUUCUCCUGGGGUUAGGCUUGCUCAGGGUAGUAGAUUUCAUGAGCCAAAUUUUUCUAUGCCUUUGAGAGAUGGUGGCUUGACAGCAUCUACUUCUGGCACUGAUGAUGCUUAUCUUCUAGUUCAGCACCCUGUGCAAAUAGAUAGGAUCGAAGUGGUAGGUGCCAGGCAGAAGAGAGGAGAUGUUUCGUUAAGUGAAAGGUUGUUGGGGGUGAAGGAAUACACUGUCUAUAAAAUAAAAGUGUGGAGCAGCAAAGGUCAGUGGGAGGUUGAAAGACGAUACCGUGAUUUCCUCACUCUCCAUCAUCAGAUAAAAGCCUUAUUUGCUGGUCAAGGAUUGGUUUUACCUCUGCCAUGGUCUUCAGUUGAAAAAGAAUCCAAGAAGAUAUUUGGAAGUGCAUCUCCUGAUGUUAUUGUGCAGAGAAGUGUUAUCAUUCAAGACUGCUUACAGUCCAUUCUCCAUACCAGGUUUUAUUCAAGUCCUCCAAGUGCAUUAAUUUGGUUUUUGUCCCCUCAAGAUUCAUAUCCUAGUGCGCCUGGAUCAAGUCCACUGGUUGCUUCUUCAAUGGGAGGGACAGAUAAUGGAAACCUUUCCACAUUAGGGAAGACCAUAUCACUAAUAGUUGAAAUUCCACCAAACAAAUCUUUGAAACAGAUGUUAGAAGCUCAGCAUAACACAUGUGCUGGAUGUCAUAAGCAUUUUGGUGAUGGAAAAACUUUGAUUCGGGGUUUUGUAGAGACUUUUGGAUGGGGAAGGCCCCGAAUUUGUGAAUACACUGGUCAAUUAUUCUGCUCUUCUUGCCAUACAAACGACACUGCUGUUUUGCCAGCAAGAGUUUUACAUCAAUGGGAUUUUACUCAGUAUCCAGUUUCUCAGAUGGCAAAAUCUUAUCUGGAUUCUAUACAUGACCAGCCCAUGCUAUGUGUCACUGCAGUUAAUCCAUUCCUUUUGUCAAAGGUCCCAGCCUUGCUUCAUGUUAUGAAUGUCAGGAAAAAAAUAAGGAGUCUUCUUCCAUUUGUUCGUUGCCCAUUUCGGAGGUCUAUCUACAGAGGACUUGGAACUCGGAGAUAUCUUGUUGAGAGCAGUGACUUUUUUGCUCUAAGAGAUCUUAUUGAUCUGUCCAAAGGAGCCUUUGCCGCACUGCCUGUUAUGGUUGAAACAUUGUUCAAAAUCCUGGAACACAUCACUGAUCAAUGCCUCAUAUGUUGUGAUGUCGGUGUUCCAUGCAGUGCACGACAAGACUGCAGCGAUCCAUCUUCUCUCAUUUUCCCUUUCCAGGAAGAUGAGAUUGAAAGGUGUAAAACUUGUCAGUCAGUAUUCCAUAAGCGAUGCUUCAGAAAGCUAUCCAAUUGUACCUGUGGGGCGCUCCUCAGAUUGGAUAAAACGAGAGGAAGCUCGGACUUGUUAGGGAGGGGUCUGUCUUCUGGAUUCCUAUCUGGCUUGUUCACAAAGGAAAACCCCCACAAGACUCGGGAUCAUAAAGACGAAAACAUUAUCUUGAUGGGUUCCUUACCAAGCACUUCUCUGUGAACACCUGUACGUUGAUGGGUUCUGUCUAUAUCUCAUCUUGAUUUGCUUGGCCAUUCGCAUCUCUUACAUCUAAAAAUGUUUCGUUCAAUGAUCAGAAUUGCCCUUCCACUCUUUUUUUUUCUUUUUGAAUUUUGUUAUUGUUAUUCUUUGUAACAUAAAAUUUAUGUACAGCUUUAUCCAUCUCAGCUUCCAGUUUUGACCCUACUCGCUUGUUUUGUUUAAAUUCCUUACUGAAUAAAAUUCUACCUUUUAUCA